UUUUAUUUUAUUGCUUGGACGUUUAUUCUGAAAUGCAUUAACGAAAUAGUUGUGCUUGUGUUUGGAGCAGACUUCACAAAUCGAAACUAUUUAAAACUUCAUUUAUUUCCACCCAAAGCUCUAAACAUGAUGCAGUUUAUCGUUGGCUUCACUUUGGGGAAUGUGGUUGGGAUGUACCUCGCACAGAACUAUGAGGUUCCAAACAUCGCAAAGAAAAUCGAGGCUUUUAAAAAGGACGUGGAAGCGAAGAAGAAGCCUCCGGAGUGAAGCCAAUGCUGAUGAAUGGUUGAUCUGUUUAUUGUAAACGUUACAUUUGAGUGAUGCUGGUGAUAUUGAUGACACUUUACUGAAAUAAAUUACAUUCAUGUUAAAGAAUCUCAUAAAUUUAUUCAGCAGUGCCUGAAACUAAGUUAAUGAUUUAAUUUUUUUAUGUUUGUUUACAUGUUUUCCUGGUUAUUUGUGAUAUUGUCAUGCAUGUUGAUCUGUUUUAGUUUAAAACAUUUAUAUAUAAAUCUAUAAAAAUAGUGGAUCAGAAGUGCUUUCAGUCUCUGGAUGAACUUUGGGUCCUUUUUUUUUAUUGAAUGUGUCGGUGCUAAAAAAUGAUUGGUCUACAUAAUGUGCAAUAUUUUAAAAUAAACAGCUUUACACAAAGAGUGA